GUUCCGGCGCCCAAACGGCCCGCACGUAACCGAUCGCCCGUUGAUAUCAAGCCAUCGCUCAUAGACUCCAUACCUCUGGUGCCGGAAAUAGUUAACAAAGCGCCCGAAGCGGCGGUCAUAACGUUGACGAGCGCUGGCAAUGAGCUAAUCCGUGACAUCGCGCCCGGCAUACGGGUGGUCAAGAAGCGUACGGCGCCCGCAGAUCCACGACUGGCCGCUAAAACUGCAAGAAUAACUGCACCCGACCUGAUCCCAUGGCACCCGUGCCCAUACGUCGACUGCCGCCAGACAUUUAACACCCGAUUAUUACUGUCCACACAUGUGCUGUCCGACCACAGCGAGCACUGGAGAGCCGAUCAGCGCUUUUCGUGCGAUAAAUGUCACCUCAAGUAUAGCACAGGACUCGCGCUUCACAGCCAUCAAACAAUGGCGCACCCGAUGCCCACCACCACUGAGAAACCCUCACCAGACCUGAUCCCGUGUCCAUACAUUGUCUGUCGGGAGAGAUUCCUAUUGCAGCCAUCGCUCAUAGACUCCAUACCUCUGGUGCCGGAAAUAGUCAACAAAGGGCCCGAAGCGGUCAUAACGUUGACGAGCGCUGGCAAUGAGCUAAUCCGUGACAUCGCGCCCGGCAUACGGGUUGUCAAGAAGCGUAAGGCGCCCGUAGAUCCACGACUGGCCGCUAAAACUACGCGAAUAACUGCACCCGAUCUGAUCCCGUGGCACCCGUGCCCGUACGUUGGCUGCCGCCAGACAUUUAACACCCAAUCAUUACUGGCCACUCACACGCAGUCCGUCCACUCAUGGGUGCAGUGGUCGGCCGAUCAGCCCUUUCCGUGCGACAAAUGUCACCACAAGUAUAGCACAGAACUCGCGCUUCACAGCCAUCAAGCGGUGGCGCACCCGAUGCCCACGCAUACCACCACCACUGAGAAAGCCUCACCCGACCUGAUCCCGUGUCCAAACAUUUACUGUCGGCAGACAUUCACAUCGCAAUCAUUACUGUUCACUCAUCUACAGUACGUGCACUCAUGGGUGCAGUGGUCGGCCGAUCAGCGCUAUCCGUGCGAUAAAUGUUACUUCAAGUAUAGCACAGAAAUCGAGCUUCACAGCCAUCAAUCGGUGGCGCACCCGAUGCCCACCCCUGUGGCCACCUCUAUGCCCAUCCCUGACCCCCAAACUAAUGAUAACAAUAGCUUUAAGUGUCAUUUAUGUCAUAAUAGUUACAACAAUCUGUUCCUAUUCAUGCAGCACAUGAACAAAGAGCACCCGGUGUUUAUGGAACCGGCGGCCAAAUUGGGUGUCAAACCCCUUAAUCCCGUUAAAACCCUUAAAGGGCAGUCAAACCCAGUCCGAAGUAUAACCUGUCGUGUGUGCGACUUUGCAAAAGAUAUGCAAAACAUAUUUCAUUUGAAGUCCGGUUUCUCAGACCCAGGCCUUGGUUUAAGUCAAGAAUCGGACCUAAAAUGUCGUGAAUUGUGUGAAGAGAUGUCGGCUCUGAAGGCAAGCAAUGAGUCCGAAGUGAAGGCAUUGAGAGAACAGCUCAAGACAUCCAUCGAUUCAAUGCAGACAAUAACUGAAGUGAUAUCGACUCUUAAGAUAAGCAAUGAGUCCGAAGUGAAAGCAUUGAAAGCACAGCUCAAGUCAGCCAUCGAUUCAAUGCAUACAAUGGAGACUCAGAUCAAGAAUUUGAGACAAAAAUUAUGUGGUUUGAGGGAUGGGUUGCGGGCAUUGAAGGCAUCGAAACUUAUCAUUGAAUCCGAUGUCAAACAAUUGGCUCAACAAAUGAAUGCACAGAAUAUAAGAUGUCCAGCGAGGGAUUCCUCUUCAAGUACUUCAUCGAUCGGAUCCCACAAUCAAUUGACCACUAAUUCAGACAAAAUCAGUGAUGAUAUCAAUAUUCAGGAAACGCUUAAGGAAAUUGUUAAUCAAAUGAAAACUCAAUACCAAAUGAUAUACACUUUAUUGACGGCUUUAGUCAAUGAGAAUGACUUAACGUUGACAGCACUCGAAGACAUCAGACAAUUGAUCGAAGACUCAGAUGACAGCGAAUCCAUGACUAGUGUUGACCAAAAAUAA